AUGUACACAUUAACAGCAAGACGUUUGAUGCAUACAAGUUCGUUAUGUCAGAGAUACAAGCCUGGUUUCUUUACGUCUGUUUGGUCUGGCAAUAAUCAGCCUCCUCCUGAAGAGAUUCAUGCAACCUAUCCACUUAAAACAAGCAAAGAUACCGAAUCGCUAACGAAACCACCUACAAAUACAAAGAUGCUAGUGCGCGACUUUAUCGACGACUCCUUGUUCAACCCCUCCUACGGCUUCUACUCCAAGCCAACUACCUCGCCACUUGCAGACAUCGAGGAGAUGGAGCAAGAAGAAGACCAUAUUCAGUACAUGAGUCGAUUAGCCAAAUCUCAAGGACGCAUAAACCAUCACAAUAUACAGCAAUUACGGUAUACGCUAACAGAGCUUUUCAAGCCUUGGUAUGGGUAUGCCAUUGCAAAGUACAUGGUAUCCGAAUACAAGCUAAACUUGUAUCCACACAAAGACUUGAUUAUUUACGAGAUGGCAGGUGGUCAUGGACGAUUGAUGCCACAUAUCAUGGACUACAUAGAACGCUACGAACCCUCUGUUUACAAGCGAACCCAGUACAACAUGAUUGAACUAUCGGACCGUCUAGUGUCACCUUCAUUUAUAAAGCAUGCGCCCAAACAUGAUGGCGUGCAAGUUUUGAAUCAGAACAUAUUCGACUGGAAUACACUGGUGACAGAGCAAUGCUUUUUUCUUGGCAUGGAAGUGAUUAAUCAUUUUGCUCAUGACGCCAUUCGAUAUGACCUCGAUACGUUAAAGCCGCAUCAAGGCAUCGUCUGCAUUGACGAGAAGCGAACCUACACAGAAAUCUAUGAGCCUAUUCAGGACUCGUUGAUAUCAAGAUACUUGACAUUGCGCAAGAAGGCGAGAUCAAAGCACAACACCCCAGACCAUCCCUUUACAUCCAGCUCCUUGCUAUGGCACAAGAUGCAGCGCUUACUGCGGUCCAGGACACCCAACUAUACACAUCCAGAGUUUAUACCAACAAAGCUAUUUGAAUUUUUAGAGAUCCUCAACACGUACUUUCCAGGGCAUCGACUUGUACUCACCGAUUAUGCGUCCCUGACCAACACGAUCGAAGGCAUCAAUGCGCCUCUUGUUCAAACAGCAUACAAAGGGCUGAUGGUGCCCUGUGCGACUUAUUUACUGCCGCCAGGUUGGUAUGAUACUGUGUUUCCUACUAACUUUGAGCUCUUACGAGACAUGUAUCUAUUGACAUGUCGAGGGUCCAAGGCUGGUAAUGAAAAGAAUGUGAAGGCUGUGAAAUAUGAUGACUUUUUGGAGAGAUACGGAGACAUUGAAAGAUCCAGAUCGAAAAAGGGAGCACCAUUGCGGUUGAUGCAUCAACCCAAUGUCAAGGUGUUUUUAACCUAG